UUUCCUAAAGAGAGGAGCGGUUUGUACGCGUGUAUCACUGGAUAGUGGCGCAAAUCUUCCAGGGGAGCGGAGAGGGAGACUGAGGUCGUCAGUAGACAGGAGUUCAUACAUAGAUCUUGUACUUGCUAACAGUAGGCUGUGUGUGGAAACAGAUCGGAUCAGGCCAAAUCAAACUGGAUCAGACAAGCCAUGGUUUUGCAGAAGCUUCUGAGUUUUGGCAAGCAGCUGCUGCGUGUGAAAGUGGUGGACUGCAGCUUGGAAGACUCUCGUCUCUCACGAUGCCUUAACACAUUUGACCUAGUGGCUCUCGGAGUGGGCAGCACUCUGGGCGCUGGGGUUUACGUCCUUGCCGGAACAGUGGCACGGGAGAACUCGGGACCUGCCAUAGUGCUGUCUUUCCUCAUUGCUGCCAUGGCAUCAGUUCUGGCUGGCCUGUGCUACGCUGAGUUUGGGGCACGAGUACCCAAGACAGGUUCAGCAUAUCUGUACAGCUAUGUGACAGUUGGGGAGCUCUGGGCCUUCAUCACUGGCUGGAAUCUCAUCCUCUCUUAUAUCAUAGGCACAUCUAGUGUAGCUCGUGCAUGGAGUGCCACGUUUGAUGAGCUGAUCGGCAAACAAAUUGAGAUGUUCUGUCGUCAGUACAUGAGCAUGAAGGUCCCAGGUGUGUUGGCUGAAUACCCGGAUAUGUUUGCAGUGGCCAUCAUUCUGAGUCUCUCAGGCUUGCUGGCUUUUGGAGUGAAGGAGUCAGCCAUGGUCAAUAAGGUUUUCACCUGCAUCAAUGUCCUGGUGCUGCUGUUCAUGGUGGUAUCAGGCCUGGUCAAAGGCACCCUCAAAAACUGGCAACUGGAUCCUUAUGAGAUUCUCAAUGCCACCAACUCUUCAGGUUUCAAUAAAACAGAAGCCAAUGAAUUAGCUGAAAGCUUGGGAAUGGGUGGAUUUAUGCCAUUUGGCUUCAGUGGAGUCCUCUCUGGAGCCGCAACAUGCUUCUAUGCCUUUGUCGGGUUUGACUGCAUCGCCACAACAGGUGAGGAGGUGAAGAAUCCUCAGAGGGCCAUCCCUAUCGGCAUCGUCUCCUCUCUCCUCAUCUGUUUUGUCGCCUACUUUGGUGUGUCGGCUGCUCUCACUAUGAUGAUGCCGUACUACCUGCUGGACACGAAAAGCCCAAUUCCUGUGGCCUUUAAAUAUGUAGGCUGGGAGGGAGCCGUCUACGCAGUGGCUGUAGGCUCUCUGUGUGCCCUGUCCACCAGUCUACUGGGUUCCAUGUUUCCUCUUCCUCGUAUUAUCUAUGCCAUGUCCCGAGAUGGUCUCCUCUUCUCUUUUCUGGCACAUGUGAGCAAGAGGAAGACGCCCAUCAUUGCCACGUUGGCUGCAGGGGUAUUGUCUGCUAUCAUGGCAUUUCUGUUUGACCUAAAGGAUCUGGUUGAUCUGAUGUCUAUUGGCACGCUUCUAGCUUACACUUUGGUUGCUGCAUGUGUGCUGGUGCUCAGGUAUCAACCGGAUCAUCCCACUCAGGGAUACCAGAUGGCAAGCACAAACGAGGAGCUAGAGAUGAGAGAAUCCUUUAGUACUACGAGUAUGGGCAUUCUGCCUGGCAUGGAGGAGCGCUUCAGUUUCAAAAAGCUGCUUUUUCCUGACAACACUGAGCCGUCUGGACUUUCUGGCUCUGCUGUCAAUGUCUGUGCAAGCCUGCUUGGUUUCCUGAUCCUGUUUUUUUGCAUCAUGGCCGUUCAUGGUGGUAUUGCCAGCUGGAGCAUAGCAACCCUCAGUGUGAUUGCCAUGGUGUGUCUCCUUCUCACUUUCAUCAUCUGGAGGCAGCCGGAGAGUAAAUGCAAGCUCUCAUUUAAGGUACCUCUGUUACCCUUCCUCCCUGUGGUUAGCAUGUUUGUGAACGUCUAUCUGAUGAUGCAGCUGGACAGGGGGACCUGGAUACGCUUUGCUAUAUGGAUGUUUAUUGGUUUUAUUAUUUACUUUAGCUAUGGAAUAUGGCACAGCUCAGAAGGUGCUUUGACUCAUUCCAUUCCAGACGAAGGUCCUGAUGUGUGUAAAUCCACCAAUACUCCCCGGAACUCCAUGUCCCCUGAAAAAGAGGCCUUCCUCUACACCAGACAGGAGUAUGGGGAUGAUGAAGAUGGUGAGCUCUGAUACUGAUGAUCAGAUGAGCUUCAGUACUGCCUGCUUGACCUUCUCUCUGAAUCGCAACACUCAGGGUCGCUGAAGAGCACAAACUAUUAUCAGACUGAGCAGGAGGAGAUGCAGCAUUGUGAUUAAUAAGAUAACUCACUUCCUCAUGAGAGAUCGAGCGCCUUUUUGUUGGAUAGUGAUUUUUGGGAUUCUAAUUUGCAACCAAAAAGAAACAACAAUAGUUAAAGGGCAGUUAAAGUUGUCUGAUGGCUGCCAUCAUCAUCUGAUUGCACUUUUAUAAUGUUACAAACAAGUUACAUCUGAAUUAGAAUGCUGCAUGCACACAAGUGUUGCAACAAUAUCAGGGACACUUUGGCUUUCUUGGACUACUUAACAGAUAAGUUUGUUAAAUAAUGAAAUCUGCUACACACGUGGUGUAGUGUUUCUUAUUUUAAUAUUCUGUUUCAGCCAACACUCAGUUUAAAAAAUGUUACCUACUAGUCUGAGCUGCUCUGAUCCAGAUUUAGUACACCUAGUAUUUAUAGAAAUCCCUGCCUGCCUCUCACUGCUACUGCCACCUGGUGGAGUGGUAGGGAAACACAAAUGUAAAAUUGAAGCUCUUGUCUGUAUACUGAGAGGGUUAUAUUUCCAGUACUGGGUAAUUGUUUUCUUUUUGCAGACUUCUUUGUCUCAUAUAGCAUUUUGAAGCUGCUAACUGAAAUAGUCAUCUCAAGAAUAUUUGAAAAGAGUUUGUAGGACUAAAACUUAAACUAAACUUUUAGUGCAGGUUUGAAAUAUAAACUUUGUAAUAGAAACUUUUCCAUAAGUGGUUGCUUAUCGUUGACGAUAUUACCAAUAUUAAUCAUGAUAAUUAAGGAUAUAGCAGACAUUGGCACAUUUUUCCCACUCUGGCUUCCAGACACAGAUUGCUUAAGUACUUUAUACAGAUUCCAUUGAUUAAACAAUUAAAUAAAGUUCAUUAAUUAAGCUGAUCUACAAUUACAAAUGACUAAAAAAUGAGUCCCGUAAUGAGCACAUCAUCUGUAAUAAUAUAACUACAUUCACCUGUCAUUAGAGGUGACACUAGAUGCAAUCUACCACCAACUGAGCUGUGAGUGGAAUUCAGGUAUAGUGACCAGAUUUGUGGAAUUAUUUUUUCCAUGUAGAUAACAACAUUUUAGAUAUUACAGCCCAUUGAAUGUGUAUGUGUUUAUGGUUUAGAUUAUGUAAUUCUGUUUACACCUUACUGUUUUGUCAUUUUGGGACAGUACCUUUUUUUUUUUUUUUUUUUUUUUGGAACAUUUACGAUGUUUUGUUUGUGAACUGUAAAAUCCUGGAAUAGUUGAGAUGUGCUGUAGCUCAAAACACUGUGCCUUGUAUUUGGUAAAUAAAAUUGUUAGCCAUAUUUUUUAUAGUUUAUAUCUUGCAUCACACAAAUAUCCAAACUACAUGUUCAAGGUCAUAGCAAGUAAUGCUAUGUAAUGCAAAUAAU